UUAAGACUGGUAUCCCUAUAAACACGCUCCCUUCAUUUCAGCCCGGUAUCAACACACACACUAAAACACUCCAGAAAACACACACAGACUCAUCCAAAUGGCUGCAGCUGCACUAUACCGACGCUCAUCGGCGAUCAAAUCCCUCGCCGGAAACCUCCGCGCCGGAGCUUAUCUACGGAGCUACGCGUCAGUUUCUGAGGGAACAGACCUCGUAUCGGCGGCGCCGAAUGUUUCGCUACAGAAAGCUAGAAGCUGGGAUGAAGGCGUCUCCUCCAAAUUCUCCACCACUUCCCUCAAAGACAUCUUCAAGGACAAGAAGAUUGUUAUUUUUGGGCUCCCUGGUGCAUUCACUGGCGUAUGCUCAACCCAGCAUGUUCCAAGUUACAAGAACAACAUUGACAAGUUCAAGGCCAAAGGAGUUGAUUCUGUGAUAUGCGUCUCUGUCAAUGAUCCUUAUGUUAUGAAUGGCUGGGCAGAGAAACUACAAUCAAAAGAAGCAAUUGAGUUUUAUGGCGACUUCGAUGGGAGCUUUCACAAAAGUUUGGACUUGGAUAUUGAUCUUUCUGCAGCUUUACUGGGCCACCGCUCGCAUAGAUGGUCUGCUUAUGUGGUUGAUGGUAAAGUUAAGGCUCUAAACGUGGAGAAAGCUCCAUCUGAGUUCGAGGUUUCUGGCGGUGAAGUCAUUUUGGCGCAGAUAUGACCCUACAUUAGUCUAAAAUUAUAGUUCUCAAAGGAAGAGGAACAUCGAAGGAUAUUUCAUUUUUAAUAAUGUGUAUAUUACCACUAUUUUCUUUUCCGCUUAUCUUGGAAUAAGUUUGGUUUGUAGACGUAAAAAAAUUGGCCACAUUAUGCACUAUCGAGGUCUCUUUUCCUUUCCAAACUA